AUGAUACACCGAGCCGAACAGUUCUUAGCAUAUGCCAAACGACGUGCUGUCGUUUCAAACCCGCCGCAUGACAUUUCACUCCCUGAUGUAGAGUCCCUGGACCGUGCGCUGUUGAAGAUUCACAAACUGCACAAGUCGCCUUCUGACAUUCACGAUGCUCCCGACGGAGACAAUAUCUAUACUCUCUAUUUCACGGUUGAAUUGCCGCGGGGGGCUGAGGUUCCACAGUCCAUGCUGCAAAGCCCCGUCGCUGUUGCGGAUCGGUUUAUUGGAAAAGAGGAUGAUGCCUCAGCACCGGAAUGGCUGCAGUGGCCACGGGAUUCUGUAUGGUUUGUGCAGAUUUCCCGACGGGACGCUUCACACCUUUUCAAAAUCAUGGCCAAAUAUCCAGAAAACCUCGAAACACAUCACGUCGCCCGACCCUACCUCGCAGCGUACGCCCAUAUAGAAGCCAGAAACAUUCUCAUUCACCAGACACCGCUGAAUCUUACAUGUAUCUUCGUUCCCGUACUCUCCAUCAAUCAUGUGCCUGAAAAUAUUCUCAUUGUCAUCAACGGAACUUCUAUGAAUGUGUCAAUUACUAGACAUGUCCGUGCUAAGCAACUGCAACCGAAGCUGACGGAACAACGCUCCCCCCGGAUUCAAGUAUUCACUGCACUGAAAAAACACAUUGCCACAGCAGUAGGCUGA